AAAAACACUUUUUAGUAUUUUGAAUCUGAAUCGAUGAAACCGAAACACUGAAUGGGUGUUUCCAUUCCAAAACCGACGUCAUUUCUCGAUGCUAUAAAUUGCUCGCGGAGAUGAACAUGGAUAGUCACUUCAUUUCUUCUCCGACAACUUCUCCCUCCUAGGUUUUUGUCUUUCCAUCAAGACAUGCAUGCGAACAUGGCUGAACCUGCAACGGAAGAGAAGAAGAUGAUACCAGACUGGACUAAGCUCCCUGAAGAGCUGCUUCAGAUUAUCACCCAUAAAAUGAACUGUUUCGAUGUUGUUCAUGCUCGCUCUGUCAGCACCUUGUGGCGAUCCGCAUUCCCAUAUCCGGCUUCCCUGCUGCGCUCAAGUUACUCUCUUCCCACUUAUCCUGUCGAAAAGGACGGCUUGUGCUCCCUCCACAAGAUCCCUCUUGUCCUCGUCAUUGAUGAGUCGGCUUGUGAGUUUUUCAUGGGAUUAGUAGGCCGAGAUGAGUCUGCUGACUACAUGGAGGAGGUUCCAUCUCCUCUUCAGUGCUCGCUAAGGGUGAAGAUGCGAAAAUCUGAUCCAACAAUAUUGAUGAACGUGAUCGGCUCCCAGAUCGUAUCUCUAGGCCAUCAGUACACAAUGGUUUGUUGGGAUCCUAAAGGAUUGAGAACAACUUACAAAAACGCUGCUGCUAUUCUUCCGCUAGGAGGAGGAGAGUUCGUUGUGCUCCGUAUCUUCUCGGGAACUUUGUUCGUGUUAACAAGUGCUAAAAGGAAGUGGGUGCAGCUUCGGGGCGUUCCAAGUUUUCGAUGCACUGCUUUAGUCACUUUUAGAGGAAGAUUCUAUGCUUCUUUCUUCUAUGACAAGGAAAUUCUCGCUAUCCAUCCUUAUUCGCUAGUAGCAGUUCGCCUGAUACCUCAAAACUUUACCUGUGAAAUCACUUAUCUGAUUCCAGCUGGUGAUGAUGAGCUUUUCCUGGUUAAGAAAAACAAACCUUAUAAUGGUCCGGUAACAUGUACAGUGAGUAGGCUGGAGGGUUUAGGAUGGGCCGAGGUCGAUGAUAUAGGAGACCGUGUGUUGUUUCUUGGAGAAGAUCAUGCAAAUGUCUGCUUCUCGGCUAACCAGCUUCCUGAUGGUUGUGGUAUGACCGGGAACUCGAUUUUGUUCUCCGCACCACCAGGCGAUGAAACCUACUUCUGUAAGUAUGGACCACCCGAAGUUCCAAAAGAAAACGUGGUGGGUGAAUGGAGAAGCUCAAGAGAGAGCCGUGUGAAAUUCAUUGAUUCUCAUGAGGCCUAUGCUUUCCGGGUUGAGUUUUGAGGACAUCUGUUGCUUUUGCUUUUGUUUUUGUUUUUGUUUUUGUUUUUGUUUUUGUUAGAUCAAAACAAACUUUUCCUAUGAUUUUAGGUAUUGACCUGAUGUCUGGGGAAAAAUGUUUUGGGUGGCCUUUCUCUUAAUGAAGUUUCAGUUUGUCUUAUUUGCCUGGAGAAGUUUCCAGUCGUAUCAAUACUUUCUUGGUUAUGUUAUGGUCCUUGUAGAUUAUUAAUUUGCAAGCAUGUUGACUGUACAUGUCUUCCUCGGUAACCAAUCUCUUCAUUAAAUAUAGUGCUAGCACAACUUUGCUAUUUCUUU